CCCCGGAUGUGGGCGGAGCCCUGGUUUGUUGAGGGCCUCCGCUGCAGCGGUUUGGAGAGGCGGAACUGUAUCUUCUCCUUAAUUAUCAUGUGAAGGGCCAGGAAUUUAAUGGGGGGAAAAGUGUGGAAGAGGACCAGGAUCCAAACUGGCGGAUUUCCCGACCUUCGCUGCCCUCUCUGCUCUCCCGCCAGCCGGGCUACCAGGGUGUAUCUCCCUUAUUUCAGCCCAGAAACAGCCUCUUGAAACGGUUUAGAUGAGAAUGUCCUUGGCUCAGAGAGUACUCCUCACCUGGCUUUUCACAUUACUCUUCCUGAUCAUGUUGGUGUUGAAACUGGAUGAGAAGGCACCUUGGAACUGGUUCCUCAUAUUUAUUCCAGUCUGGAUAUUUGACACUAUCCUUCUUGUCAUGCUGAUUGUGAAAAUGGCUGGACGGUGUAAGUCUGGCUUUGACCCCCGACAUGGGUCGCACAACAUUAAAAAGAAAGCCUGGUACCUCAUUGCAAUGUUACUUAAGUUAGCCUUCUGCCUUGCACUGUGUGCUAAACUGGAACAGUUUACUACCAUGAACCUGUCCUAUGUCUUCAUCCCCUUAUGGGCCUUACUGACUGGCGCUUUAACAGAAUUGGGAUAUAAUGUCUUUUUUGUGAGAGACUGACUACCGAGUACAUCGUCUCUUCUGUUGCUGUUCAACAGCUACAGACAGUGUACUGAAUCUUUGCAAGUUUCAAGACCACCACAGAUCUGAUGGAAAGCACUAACUGUGGUCUUGAACUGCCAUGAAACAGGAUUGGUGAGGCAUGAACUUGUAGCCAACCCAAAGCUGAAUUAGUCAAUAUUUGCGUUAUUGAUAUCUUUGUUAUCCAUGUAUAAAUAAAGUUUGUUUCUGACCUUA